AUGGGGAAGCUUAUCCGUUUGGAGUUGUUCAACUUCAAGUCCUACAAGGGCCAUCACACACUACUCUUUGGCGAUUCCUACUUCACCUCGAUCAUUGGACCCAAUGGAUCUGGCAAGUCGAAUUCCAUGGAUGCGAUUUCCUUCGUUCUAGGUAUCAAGUCAUCCCAUUUGCGCUCAGCCCACCUCAAAGAUCUCGUCUACCGCGGCCGAGUACUCAAAACAUCGAAAAUCAACGAUGAUGGUUCAGCCAACACGGAUAACCAAGCCAAUGGGUCCGCGAAUGGAGAUGAUAAGGCUUCUCGUGGCGAUCCCAAGACAGCAUGGGUCAUGGCCGUAUAUGAAGAUGAGGCUGGCGAAGAGCAGCGAUGGAAGCGAUCCAUCACGAACCAAGGCGCCAGCGAAUAUCGUAUCAAUGAUCGUGUUGUGACCGCUCAGCAAUAUAACGAGGCUCUCGAGAAGGAAAACAUUUUAAUCAAAGCUCGAAACUUCCUUGUCUUCCAGGGUGACGUCGAAGCCAUUGCGUCCCAAUCUCCUCAGGACCUCACGCGAUUGGUCGAGCAGAUUUCCGGAAGUUUAGAGUACAAGACUGAGUAUGAGAAGCUUCAGGCAUUGGCCGACGAGGCCGUUGAGAACCAGAACUUCCAGCUCCACCGCCGCCGUGGUAUCAACUCUGAGAUCAAACAGUACCGAGAACAGAAAAAGGAAGCCGACAACUUUCAAAAGAAGAUGGACGAGAAGGAUGCUGCCAUUGUCACCCAGACACUCUGGAAGCUUUACCACUUUCAGAAAGCGAUGGAUGAAUCCCGAGCCGCAAUCCAGAAUCACCAGGAAGAGUUGAAAGACAUGAAGCGGACCGUGGAGACAUUCGAAAAGAAGCUUGAAGUUGCUCGCAAGGAUGAACACGCCGCAAAACGUCAAGUCUCACAGCUCGAAAGGGAUAUCAAGACUAAGGAACGAAGCAUUGAAGAGAAAGAAAGAGACAUCAUCCCCUUUGAUGAGAAGAUCGCCCAAACAACCAGCAAACUCGACCAUUUGCGUCAUCAGGGCGACAAGAUUGGGAAAGAAAGAGAUGAACAGGAAGCCACCGUGCAGAAAGUCAAGAAUGAUAUUGAUAGUGUUGAUAAGGCCAAGGAGGUCUUUGAGAACGAUAUCAAGGAACAGAUGCGAAAACAGGGCCGUGCAAUCAGCGAUGAGGAUCGUCAGGAGUACAAUGCUCUCAGAUCCCAGGUUAUGGCCCAGACUGCUUCUAACCAGUUUGAUCUGGAACAUCUGGACCGCUCGCGGAAAGCUGACGAGGUCACUGUGAACAAUCUCAAGGGCAAAGUCGAGGCGAUCGAAGCAGCAAUAGAGAAGAACAACACUGAACUAGAAUCGAUCGUCGACAGGAAAGAAUCUGCCCAAGGCAUUGCUACCGAACUUACUGCCAACAUUUCUUCCACAAAGAAAGAGUUCAAUCGUCUUCAAUCAGAACGGGUUCAAUCAAAUCAGAAGCGAACCGAGCUCGAAGAAAAGCUUGAAGAUGUUGCAAGAAAGCUCCGAGAAGCGGACGACGGUCGAAGACAGAGUGACAAGGAGACAAGGAUCAAAGAGAUGGUUGCAUCCCUAAAGCGCAUUUUCCCCGGAAUCCAUGGUCGGGUAGGCGAUCUAUGCAAACCCAAGCAAAAGAAAUACGAGGAGGCUGUGCUGGUUGCUCUCGGCAGAAACUUUGAUUCGGUUGUCGUCGACACGGAAAAGGUUGGAAGCGAUUGUAUUGGCUAUCUCAGAGAACAGAGAUUUUCGACAAUGAGCUUCAUCCCUCUGGACAAUAUCAAAGUGCCUGCUGUGAACACUGCUAUCAAGAGCUUCUCCGGCGCACGGCUGACAAUCGACACUAUUAAUUUCGACUCAUCCCUGGAGCGCGCCAUUGCAUAUGCCUGUGGAAAUUCAGUUGUGUGUGACACAUUGGAGAUUGCGAAACACAUCUGCUAUGAGAAGAGGACACCAGUGGAGGCCGUCACAUUGGACGGCUUUGUGAUUCACGAGAGCGGUACCAUGACGGGUGGUCGUGGGCCAGAAUCUAAGAGCGGCAAGCGACGGUUUGAGGAGGCCGAUCUCCAGAAUCUCCAGCGCAUUGCAAACAAGCUCACAGAAGAUAUCGAGAGACUGCCAAAGUCAGACAGGCGAAGCAAUCAAGAAGAAAGCCUGCAGACCCAACUCAGUGGUUUGGAGAGGCGUCUUGCAGCUGUUAAGGAUGAGCUAGCCGCUUUUAAUAAAAACGAGCAUAGCAAGAAACGCGAGCUCGAGAACCAAAAGAGAGAGCUGAGGGAGAUCCGACCAAAGUAUGAGGAGAAGGUCGCCGAUCUAGGCAAGAUCUCGAAGAGUGUUAAAAAAUACAGAGAUGCCAUUGCUCGUGUCGAGGAUCAGGUUUUCGCAGACUUCUGUUCCCGUCUGGGAUACAGUGAUAUCCGCGCUUACGAUGCCUCCCAAGGCAAGUUUGAGCAGGAAGUCUCUGAGAAGCGAACCGAGUACUCAGUCCAAAAACAGAGGCUCGAGAGCCGACUUAACUGGGAGGUGACUCGUCACAAAGAGACUGAGGCCCGUAUCAAGAAAAUACAGGACCAAAUCAAGUCACUGAAGCGGGACAUCAAAUCAUACACGUCACACAAGGAAGAGAUCGUGGACCAGUUGGCUCAAGAACAGGCCGAACUGGAAGCUCUCCGCGAAACACUCGAGGAGUACCAAGCGGAAUUGCAGGAACGAAACCAAAAAGUCAGCGAGGCCAAGGCCGAGCUACAAAAACGUAGUCGAGGUAUUGAUAGCCGCCUCAAAGAGAUCACAGCACUCGAGUCCGAGGUCCAGAAGAACAAUUCAAGCAAAUCCGCUCUGCUGCGAAGGUGUCGUCUAGAACAGAUCCAAAUCCCACUUGCCGAAGGAAGUUUAGAGAACUUGCCCAAUGAGGACGACAUCAUUCGCCAAGAUCCAGAUGCGAUGGACAUUGACGAGCAGGAUGACGAUGAUAUGCUUGAAGCUGUGGUGGAGGACCACGGAAUUGAAAUUGACUUCUCCGGUCUAGACGAAGAACUCAAAGAGUCUGAUGCUUCCGAGGUCGAAGACUCCCUCACCGAGAAGAUCACGUCUCUCACCAUGGAGCUCGAGAAGCUCAACCCCAAUAUGCGCGCGAUGGAACGUCUGGAAAGCGUUGAAACACGGCUUAAGCAAACCGACCAAGACUACGAAGAUUCCAAACUAGCAGCGCAAAAGGCCAAGGACGAAUUCAAGGACGUCAAGGAUAAACGGUACGAGCUGUUCAACAAGGCCUUUUCGCACAUCCAGGAACAAAUCACCCAUGUCUACAAGGACCUCACCAGGUCCGAGGCCUAUCCCUUGGGUGGUCAAGCAUAUUUGGAUAUCGAGGAAGACACGGACAUGCCGUAUCUCUCCGGUAUCAAAUACCAUGCUAUGCCACCGUUGAAGCGGUUCCGUGAUAUGGAGCAUUUGUCGGGAGGUGAGAAGACAAUGGCAGCACUUGCCUUGCUUUUCGCCAUCCACAGCUACCAACCUAGCCCCUUUUUCGUGCUGGAUGAAGUUGAUGCUGCACUGGACAAUGCGAAUGUGGACAAAAUUAAAAAAUACAUCCGAGAACAUUCGGGCCCCGGUAUGCAAUUUAUUGUCAUCAGUUUGAAGGCCGGACUGUUCCAGGAUAGCGAGAGUUUGGUUGGAGUUUACCGAGACCAGGAGGUAAAUAGCUCAAGAACCCUGACUCUUGAUGUAAGUUGA